GUCUUUGGCCGCCAGGAGAUCACAUUCUUCUGAGACGUAUAACAUUUGACAGAAAUAACCGAUGCCGUUCUAAGCUCCAUUUCCUUUCGGAGAGAGCAGGAUCUGGUUCUCCUUGGUCUAGAACUCCUGUUUCCAUAGCAACAGAGGUCGUGUAAGAGUCAAGGGAGGCAGGAAGUGUGGCUUGCAUUUCCGGUUUGCGUCGGAGCCCCGGCAACCCGGAAGUUGACGCUGCGCGGUUGCAUAUGGCCGCGUCCGGGAAGGAUGCCGCUGGUGGUGUUUUGCGGGCUGCCGUACAGCGGCAAGAGCCGGCGCGCGGAGGAGCUCCGCGUGGCACUGGCGGCCGAGGGCCGCGCGGUGUACGUGGUGGACGACGCGCAGGUGCUGGGCGCGGAGGACGCGACGGUGUACGGCGAUACGGCCCGUGAGAAGGCCUUGCGUGGAGCCCUGCGAGCGGCCGUGGAGCGGCGCCUGAGUCGUCACGAAGUGGUCAUCCUCGACUCGCUUAAUUACAUCAAGGGCUUCCGCUACGAGCUGUACUGCCUGGCGCGGGCGGCGCGCACUCCGCUCUGCCUGGUCUACUGCGUAAGGCCAGGCGGUCUGAGCGGGGGACCGCGGGUGGCGGGCGCGGAUGAGAGUCCGAGCCGCAGUGUCAGUGUGAGUUGGAGGCCGCGAGCUGAGGAGGGAGGGAGACCUCUGGCGGCGGGCACCGGUGUCCUCGGGGAACCGCAGGCGGUGGACUCUGUAGUAAAUGGGAGAGCCCAGGCAGAAGUACCUAAGGAACUGGAGCGGGAGGAAACCAGGACGUCAGCUCUUGUGACUUCGGAAUUCGAGAAAUCUGCAGAGCAUGUGUCCGGUGCCUUUUACCCUCCCGAACUUCUGGAGGCCCUAGCGCUGCGCUUCGAAGCUCCCGACUCUCGGAACCGCUGGGAUCGGCCCCUGUUCACCUUGGUGGGCUUAGAGGAGCCGUUGCCUCUGUCAGAGAUCAGAGCUGCCUUGUUUGAGAACCGGGCUCCUCCACCCCAUCAGUCUACACAGUCCCAGCCACUUGCCUCCGGCACCUUUCUGCACCAACUGGACCAGGUCACCAGCCAGGUGUUGGCACGACUGAUGGAAGCUCAGAAGAGCGCAGUCCCUGGAGACUUGCUUAAGCUUUCUGGCACCACAGAGCAGCUGCGGUUUACCCGGCCUUUGACCAUGGCAGAACUGAGUCGCCUCCGUCGCCAGUUUAUUUCCUACACCAAAAUGCAUCCCAACAAUGAGAACCUGCCUCAACUGGCCAACAUGUUUCUACAGUAUCUGAACCAGAACCUGCACUAACCAGAGCUGGUGGGGGAAAGUCAUGGCUCCUUGUCUAACCACUGCACUCUCUGUUUCUCUGGGAAGAAUAAUCUGAAGGUCUGCAGAAUAUAUUGAUGUGUGGAAAUAGAGCUAUUGUGACUGAUUCACUCGUACAUUUCUGAAUGCCUCUGUGCCAGGCCUUGAGUUUACAGCAUAAAUUGAGACUAGAGAGAAUGGAGAACUAGCUUGGAGGAGCUUGGCAGGUUUCUCUAGAGGACAGAGCUCUGGUGGACAGGGUUUGCUUAGAUUGGGUUCUACUUGGGAUAUCACAUACCAUUGAUUUCCCCCAUCUGAAUUGUGGGAAAGCAGACUGGAUGGAUGAAUUGUUUUAAAAUAAUUGUGAACAGAACUGAAGAUGACACAGUUUUGCCUCUGUACUGGCCCUUUUUUCAUACCACAGUUUUUUGAGUACUGUGCCUACUUUUGCUAGUCUCUGUCCUGGGGCCUGGGAUCACAGAUAGAUCCACUGGUUUCUGUCCUUGGGAAGUUUUGGUUCUAAUAGUGAAAGACAAAAGCACUAGAUUGUUUCAUUUAAUAAAAUCUUUUAGAUGAAGACAGUGUGCUGGCAUCUCUUUUGCUUUAUGUUCUUCAGGUAAUUUACUUAAUGUAACAUUUUAGAUACACAGGUAUCCCUGUUACGCCUUUGAUCAAAAGUACUUUCAUAGUGCUGGGUGAGAGUC